AUGGAUGAAAGAAACGUCCGGUCACUGAGUUUACCCAUUCCGCACUUUCCAAUCGAGCUUCUCUUCGAGAAAGACGAGUACGAUUUUUACAAAAUUAAGCAGAGGGAGAGGGAAGGAAGCCGUCCGGACAGUAAGGCGGUGGAAGAUGUGCUGAGGGAAGGUGUGACAAGCUCUCUCGCGAGCGAUCAUGGAAGCGAAGCGGAAAGUGAAAAUGAGAGGCUCUUUAUGAGCUACCUCAAAAAUAUUGCAAAAAGGGACACAUCCACCCCCCCCAACAAGGGUGCCGGAAAAAGUUGUAACCGUAACAACUAUAGCAAUGGCCGCCAAACCGGCGUUGAGAAGGGGGGGGGAAUACAAUGUAAGAAGCAAUCCUGCGCAGAGGAACCAGGGGGACAAUCCUCCUCCCAGCUGGCAUCACUAAAUAGUAGAGCCCAUGACGAUGAGGAAAUGAUAGGAAGGCAACCGUGUCACAUUUUUGAAAAGAAUCCUGAUUUACCCAUAAGUAAGGAGCUCCGACGGGAGUGGAUUUAUCACACACCCCCGGGGGCCUUCGUCCCAAGGAAAGUUCGACUGAAGGAUUUUCAGGAAGAAUGCGACAGGGUGAAGAGGCGACUACGUGGGGGAAGAGGCCAGGUACACCCCACUGGAGAUCCCCCCCAAGUCGCUUACCCCGGCGACGCCAUCUCCAAUGAAAGCAACGUCGCAUCGUAUGACCCCCUGAUAGAGGCACUACAAUCAGGAGUCCGAUGUCCCAACGUGGGAGAAAUAAUCAACCACAUAGUAAACUACAACUGCCAGAACUGGCAACAGAAGGUCGAUCUGGAGGCACUAAGAAAAGAAGCAGAUAAUUCGAAAAAGGACAGAGUACUAAAUAGAACCAAAUGCUUCCUGGAGUGGUUACCACGAAUGGAAAAAAAUUCAUUUAGCAAAUAUCAGAUAAUAGCCAAACUGAAAAGGAAGACUCUGUCUAAAACGUUCAGACUUGUUUGCGAUUUUAACAAUUCAUUACUGAAAGGGGUGUAUAUAAAUCAGAAUUUAAUUAAUACGCUUUAUGCGGAUCAGGCAAAGCGUGACCUCCUUGGAUCUCCUUCUUCCCUCCAGAGUUUAAGUUCAAACGAAACGUUCGUAAUUUCUGUCUCCUUUUACCACCCGAUAAGGGGUAUCAAAAUAGCUGAGUAUGAAAUGCUGUCAUGGCAAACCUUGGCCGACUUAACAGACGUCUUCUUCUGUUUCGAUUCUUCAAAUUAUGGUCUGCCCCAAUUUGAUGGAUCCGUGUACUACAUUGAUGGGGUGCUCUACCCCGAUUUGAGAUCGCCAAACGCGCUGGAUUACUCAGCAUGCAUAUUAGACUUUUACCGGAAAAAAAAAGAAAACAAUUUUAUUCGGCCCCCGUAUAAGAUACAGCAAGAUAAGGCUGUCAUGGGCCAAAUGGAAAUCCCCCUCUACCAAAAGUGUUGCUUCUUACAUCAAGGGAAUUGUGAGCAUCGAAUUAUUUUUAACAACAUUCGAGAGUAUAAUAGCUUGCGCGAUAGGGAGUUUUCCAAAUACCCCCUUAGGACCUUCAAACCGAAUAUCGCAAAGAAGUUUUGCCUCUGCUGUCAUAAGAACAUCGCACAGAAGAUCGUCCUAGAUUGUUAUCUCUUCAAGGAAAACCCUUCCUAUGUCUGCAACUGUUGCUUUGAUUUGUUUCUCCUCGAUCGGCACGGUAAUCCCGUGGACGCCAUUAUGAAGCAUUUCGACUACAUCGACGAGGUGUGA